AUGGAAUGCCAACAGCGCUACUCUGCUCGUAUAGUGGGGGCUGAGGAGACGGAGAGCUCAGGCGUGGAAACCGCUGUACACGAGUUGAGGAUGGAAAUGACUUUGCAUCGUGAGACAAAUGAUGCGAUACCGGGCAGUGGUGCAUAUCCGGUGGACGGCCGCUUCAGUGGAGGGCAUUGGCAGGUUACUGACUUCAACCGGGUUCUGAAUGGCAACUUUCCUAUCCCUCUACCGCUCUUCAAUCGAGAGUCUUUCGACAGCGGCACGUACAAGACCCCGAGUGCUAGCGGUGGGAGUCGACAACAGAGCGCCACUAAGAUUGCUGAUUGGCCUACACAUGAUGAGGGUAGCAACAGCAACAAACGAUGA